AUGGCUUUGCGGCGAGCGUUGCAGUUCCAGCCGGAGGACUUACCCACGCCGGACAGACCCCAUCGCCGUACUGCAGAAGUGGUGAAGCAAGUCGAGGUUCAUAUUCCGAAGUACAGCCUGCAACACUUUCCACGUACCCUGCCGGCGCAUGCAACACGCACGAAGGACUUGUUCAGGCUCUGGGUCAGGAGGCUCGACCCCGAGGACGUGGCAUACUGUCAGGACUUGGUGCGUGAAAGCACGCUCCUCGAUGGACAAUACGGGUCGAUCUGCAGUGGGAUGGACAUCGCUGCGACGGUCAUGAAGCAGUUCUGGGACUGGGCACGUUUCCACUGGGAGCUGGACUCGCCGGCAUUCACUCACAAGUUCGCCUGCGAGAAGGAGCCCGCCAAACGCCAGUUCCUUUUGACGACGGACAGGAAGAUCGAGCGCAUGUUCUGUAACGCGACGGACCUGGAAUAUGACAAGGAAAUCUGGGACUCGAAAACGAACACGUUCGUGCGCAUGCCACGCUGUACGGUCAUGACGGCGGGCUUCCCAUGUCAGGAUUGUUCUGUCCUGAACCCGUCGUCGUCCACGUCGGCCAACAGAUCCUGCGUUGCCGACGGCACUCUUCGCACUGGCUCCGUGCUGCAGGGCAUCGUUCACUACCUGCAGUCGACGGGCCUCGUCGGACCGAAUUUCUGUUUGUUUGAGAACGUCGCCGGACUGAAGACCAAGACCCGUAACGCCGACGGCAGCACUGGACCCUCCAACCUGGACCAUGUCGGACACUUGAUCAGCACAAAGACAGAUCGUUUGCUGCAUGUCUGGGAGUUGGACCCACGAAUGUUCGGUGUUCCACAAAGUCGAAAGCGGCUGUGGAUGACAGCCAUUCCACGCCGGAUCUUCGAGGGACUCCUUCCAGAACACGAAGUACAAAAGAUGCUGAACAGCAUCAUGGACACACUCCUGGGUCUGAAGGAGAUCUCGGUGUCGGAGUACCUGGUCAACUCGAGGUGCGUGCAUAUGGCGAAGUUCACCACGGAGUACAACAAGAAGUUGCAGCAGCUCCAAACACGACGGGCUCGUCGUCGCCGGGCAGAACGACAAGACUCACAGGUCGAGGAGUCGCAGGACACUCAGUCACAGCCGCAGGACAGACUGGUGGGAGAAUUCCGGCGACAAUCCUUCGCAUCAAGCCGGGCAACAAGUUUCAGCCACCUCAGCACAUGCUCGUCGGGCACCCGGACCCUGAAACGUGAGAAGAUCGUCACCAAGGACUGGUUAAAGAAAUUCCGCCGGGCAGCUCGGACACGGCCGUACCUCAAGUGCAUGACGGCCCGAAAACGCAGGACUUUGUUCAAGCUUGGCGUGAGGAACUUCCCAAGCGAGACUCUUCAGGUCGUCGACAUCUCGCAGGACAAGUUUGCCCACUUAACGAACCACUCGCCGUGCGUGACACCAAAGGGCGAGCGGUACUUGACAUCGGAGUGCCGGUGCAUGCUCCCAUUGGAGUCGUUGCGCUUGCAAGGGGCAUGGUUCACGGAGGACGACACACGACUGGAAAACUUCCCGCAGAGCCUGCUGGCAGAUCUUGCUGGCAAUGCUUUUGAAGCGAGCUGCUUCGCCGCGACGUUUUGGGCCACGCUGGUCUGCUAUGGACGACUCCGUGCCCUUAAUGAGAGCAGCAGGGCAGGUCGUGGUCCCCGUCGUGCACUUGAAGUGCCGGCACUGAGAAGGUACAACACACCGGAGUUCGACUCGCAGGUUCUUUUGGACUUCGAUGAUUCGGAGGACGAGGAGGAGCCGCGAGUGGUGCCCGAGGAAAUCCUAGGACUCCCCGGCCUGAAGAGCUUGAUUGAGAUCUACGACGCCGUGGCAGAGAUUCAGCCAACAGCCCCGCCUGGCCUGUUAGCCACAUUGGGACUGCCGCAUGGACGCUGCUUCCAGGGCCGUGGCAUCAUCUGCGCAUGGCGACACGCUGCCAUGAGCAACCUUGGCACUGUGCCUCAGCCACUGGAGCAGCUGCUGUCCGGCUGCCUCAGCGGCCACGAGUUUCUGUGGUUCACCUUCGGUGUCCUGCAGCGGCAAGCUUACGAGGGCAACUGGCUUCAGCGACCUGGGCGUCGCGAGGAGGACCAGAUGCUCCUCCUCCUGCGUGCGCUGCAUCCACGGCGAAGCAUCCCAAAGCUCCCUCUUGGCCCAUGGUCGGAGGGUGUGCAGCCGGAAGCUCUGGAAGCAGGCAACUGCGGCCCGGAGGACGUUCCUGUGGUGCUUCAGCUCAUUCCGGCGCACUGGGGCGAGGAGGCUGAAUAUAUGGCGAGGGAGGCACAGGAGAUCGUGGGAACGGAUGCCACGGGCGUGAUGGGUUCCAUCAUGGUCCAAUCAGAUGCUGAGGGCAAGGCUUGUGGACGCCUCUCAGUGCUCCAACUCUCCGUUCCGUUCCUGCAAGUCAGCAGCUCCUGCCCAGCGGGUGCCGACCGGCUCCACCCGUUAAGCACACUCGUGCGCAGCGGCCACGAGGGUUGCCGAUUGGAGGAGUUGCUGGCAUCUCCAGACACAGAAAGACGCCGUUAUCCUUUCAUGAUCUGGCUGGAGAGUUGGUCGCUGGCUUCGCAACAGGCACCACGCUUGGUGACCAAAUUCCUGGGAGUGGGCGGUCCACUGUCGAGGAUGAGGCUGCAAGACAGGCACAUUCCCAGGGAGCUUAAGCUUCAAGAGUCAGGAGGGAAGGCAAAGAAAGACAUUUUCUCAAUGUUGGACUUCAAGAGCUUGGAGAAGGCACUGCAGGAGGACGACCCGGUACCCCGCAACUUGUGCCAUCUUCUCGCUGGUGGCGCGAUGAGCUUUGAGGCGACGCCCACAGAGGAGCUACUUCGGAGCAUGACAGACCUCAAGAAGCAGGUUCUCAACCUCCAGGCCACGGAUGCCUACAGCUCCAGGCCAUGGUAUUCCGCUGGCUUCUUCACCCAUGGCUCGCUUUCUGGCGGUGGCGUCCUGGUGGGUGGGGCAGGCCAGAUGUGUUUGGCCGGCUUCGGCUGUGGAACCUGCCCGUCCGUCAACCCCCUCUUUGACUCCAUCUAUCUCAGCACACGGCUACUCUUGGAGGACUGCCCUUUGCCUGUGGCGCAAGAGGAUCUUUAUACACUCUUGGUCGAGUCUGGAGCAGAUGUUGCGACUGUGGCUGAUUGGCUGAGGUUGGAGGAGGACAUGGCCCACAGGAUCAUGUUCCUGCAGCGGGAUGAUACCACGACGCGCCGAAACACCGGCUUCUCGCUCUCCGACCUGAAAACUGCUGGGCCCUGGCCGGCCUCGGCUGUGCUGGUCGGUAGAAACGAAGCCAGGGAUGCGCAGAGCGAGGCGCAGGCCUUGAGCAAUGCCUUGGUUGGUCUCAUCCCAGGGGUCUUCGUGCCAGACUCAGGGCCAACGGCCGGCUUGGUGCAGGAUCUGUUGUCUGGCUCAGAGUUGGCCUCCACUCUGCAGCUUCGUGGGUUGGCUUCGAAUGCCCGUCCACCCUUGACAGAGCCCCGCAAGUGGGCAUGGAAUCUGCAGAUCGCCGCCUUCGAAGCCAUCCAGGAUCGCUUGGAAACAGAGAAUCUGAGCUUCGCCGCCGAGUACGACCCGACUUUGCGCAGCGAGUACGAGGCUGUCGUGGCCCUCUCGGCGGCCCUGCUGGUCCCCUCCUUGCUCUCGGCGGUCCACUUGGCCAUUACCAAGGCCUGCCCUCCCUGGCAGUGCUUCUGGGCGCUGCGGCAUGCAGCUGGUGUCAAGUUUCGCAGAGCACCUCCGCAUUUCGAUGUGGAGGCUCACCGGCAGAUGCUCGCACCGAAGGAACGGCACACUACGCAAAAGUUCAUGGGAGAUCUUGUCGAGAUGCGGAAGCGCAGACGCUUGCAUGAUGAGGUAGCAUCGGCCGCGUCAGCUCAGACUGUUCAGAGAGCCGAAGCUAGGUCUGCAGUGCAGGCAGCGCCAGUCCAUUUCGCUGCGGCCGAUCCGUCACCUGCGACAGACGUCGAUGUUCGGACCUUCGACCGUGCCGUGGACAUGAUGGCAACAAGCGAACCUUGCGGGCCUCACUUCAGGGCCUGUUCCUAUGAAACAGGUGAUUUCUUCAACAGUAAAUCUCGUCGCGACUGGCUUCGUGCUUGGUCCAAACGCGCAAGCCAGCGCUUCAUCCACAAUGCCGACGGUCUGCGAACGACGAAGAAGUGA